GGUACAGUAAAUACAAUUCUGAGAAAGAGUUGUAGGAAUAACAAACACAUAACGAGGCUCAGUCGGAGGAAUUAGGGAAAAGCAUUUCAUAAUUAGUUAGUAAAGAGUUGCUUUUUUUACAUAAAAAAUUAGCAAUUUUAGUUAUUGAAUUGGUACAUUUUUAAUACAAUUUUGCAUGAAUCCGUACUUCUCAAAUAGUGGGGCACGCCCACGUGGGGGCGCAUGACUUCCGAAACGGAAUGGAAUAUGACACGAUGGACAGAAGUGUGCCUCCAGUCACUAGGUGGCAGCAACUCACACCGUUGUUUGUACAGAUAAGAAAAUACACAUGAUCACAAAAUACAUAUUAUCAAUAGCAUUCCAAUUCGCGUGGCCGUGACACAAUGCCUGCCCCCUGGUGGACUUGACAGAAAAUAAUUGAGAACCACUGGCAUAAAUGAUGAUAAAGUUCAUCUAAAGUGUUCAAGAGCGCCAUCUUCAGAGGUAACAGUAGCUGAAAGUCGUAAUAGGAAUAGUAGCUAAAAGAUUUGUGAGUUUAAAUUAAAAGAAAAUCAGUGUUAUCGCAUUUCUUGAAUCACGUGAAAAAUGUUAUGAUUUCUAUCUUUUUCCUCCUCUUUUUUUAAAAAAUAUGUCUAAAUAAAGCAAAUCACAUACGUACGGCACCAUGUGUUCACAACUUGAGGAGAGAAAAAAUCCCGCGUGUACUUCAGGCUCCAGUCUGGAAAUCAGCCAUGAGAACGUGGGGUAUCAUGGCUGGUUAUUGCCCUCAGAGCUAGUGGGCUAAUCACGGUCUGAAAGGAGGAGUUUUAAUGGCAGCGCAGGCUUCUCUUCUUCUCCUCUUCUUGUUCCGCUCCUCAGUCAUCCUAUUUCUCAGCUCCUCCCCGCUGCAUCCUCACUGAGAGAGAGGGAGCGAGGGAGAGAGAGACACACACACACACACACACAACCUUUUACGCGCUGGUGCACCACGGGGUCUGCAUUCAAACUGACCAGCGCGUUUUUGUAUCGCUCACCGCUGGUCCUCCGCUGGAGCUCUACACGCGAAACAGGUGCAGAGAAGAAAAGGAUACCAUUAGGGAGGAGCAGCAGAACAAUAUUUGCAUCCAAUUCCUUUUUUCGUUAUGGCAUUCACCUUGUCAGAGAUUAUGGCCAUAAGGCGACAGCAGCCACAGAGUCAGUCACGAGUGCACCGAGGCAACAAGACGGUAGAGGUGGAUGAAUAUAGCACCAACCCAACUCAGGCCUUCACUUUCUACAACAUCAACCAGGGACGAUUUCAACCACCACAUGUUCACAUGGUGAACCCGAUGUCCCACGACACUCCCAAGCCCCCCGGCUACACCCGAUUUGUAUGUAUCUCAGACACUCACUCCCGCACUGACACAAUCCAGAUGCCGUAUGGGGACAUUUUGAUCCAUGCCGGAGACUUCACAGAACUGGGACUACCUUCUGAGGUCAAGAAGUUUAAUGACUGGCUAGGUACCCUGCCCUAUGAAAUCAAGAUAGUAAUUGCUGGAAACCAUGAACUGACCUUUGACCAAGAGUUCAUGGCAGACCUGAUCAAGCAGGACUUUUAUUACUUUCCCUCAGCAUCCAAACUGAAGUCAGAGAACUUUGAGAACGUGCAGGCGCUACUCACCAACUGCAUCUACCUGCAGGACUCAGAGGCCAACGCAGGAGGCUUUAGGAUUUAUGGCUCCCCUUGGCAGCCCUGGUUUUAUAACUGGGGUUUCAACCUACCACGUGGUCAGGCCCUGCUGGACAAGUGGAACCAGAUUCCGGAUAGCACAGACAUCCUCAUCACGCAUGGCCCCCCACUUGGAUUCUUGGACUGGGUUCCGAGGACAAUGCAACGUGUUGGCUGCAUGGAGCUCCUCAACACAGUCCAGCGGAGAGUCCAGCCAAAAGUACAUGUGUUUGGCCACAUUCAUGAAGGCUAUGGCAUGAUGACAGAUGGAACCACGACAUUCAUCAAUGCCUCCACUUGCACUGCCAAUUUUCUGCCCGUUAAUGCACCUAUCGUUAUUGACCUGCCAAACCCCAGGAAUCCAUAAGUAGAAGAAGCUGAUAGGCAAGCUCCCACUACUGGUUUGGGAAAGGAAGUGCAGAAAAGUAGGUAAGGGCGAGGGGUUGGACUGGAAUUUCUGUCUUUAAUGGCAUACAAUUGAUAGGACCCCUGUGUCCACUGGUGAAGGGAGCUCGGUGAGGUGCAGUCCUGCUCACAAAAAAAAAAUUCUCCAGCAGCAUUUGCAUCUGAAAGCAGACGGGGGAGUGACGUUUCCGUGUUCACUUGCUGCACUGACAAUCAUGUAGCGUUUAGAAAGAGAAAACAAAGAAAAA